AAUCAGAGAGGUUAUAUAUCCUGACACUCCUUAGUCAAGUUGGGGUGAUCUCGUCCAAGAUGACGUCGUCGAGGAGAGAGCCUGUGAUUGGUCGAGCCGUAUCAGGAAGUGAUGAGCUGACUGUUGACAGCAGCUCUCUUGCAAAGUAAGAUGGUGAAACAUUGAUGAACUCUCUAAUGAACUAAUGGCCAGGCUCUGAACCUCUACGGCAGUCUGCUGCGCUACAAACAAGUGUCGUCCUCUGUGUCGUUGUGGGUUGAAAGAUUACUUGCAGCCUGGCUGUCUGAGAUGGACGGUGGAGAGGAGGUGCGAGUGGAAGCAGGACCAUACUGCUGCUCCACCUGGGAGGGAGGGGAGGUCGCCGGUCGCAGCCUGGCUCGACGCAACAGGAAGACCCGCAGCCUGAGCACCUCCUCAGCCGGCAGCUCCUCUGACUACAGGAGGCCCCAGUCGCUUCAUGGACCAAGCCCUGUGACUACAUUCGGCCCAAAGGCAUGCAUGCUCCAGAAUCCACACACAGUAAUGCACAUUCAGGACCCCGCCAGCCAGAGGCUAACAUGGAACAAGCCACCAAAAAGUGUCCUUGUCAUCAAGAAGAUACGAGAUGCCAGUCUGCUUCAGCCCUUCAAAGAGCUCUGCAUGUUCCUCACCGAGGUGAAAGACAUGAUUGUGUAUGUGGAAAACAAAGUUCUGGAGGACCCCGCCAUUUCAGACGAUGAAAACUUUGGGGCCAUUACUAAGAAAUUCUGCACUUUCAGAGAUGAUCUUGAUGACAUCUCCAAUCGCGUAGACUUCAUCAUCUGUCUUGGUGGAGAUGGAACUUUGCUGUAUGCAUCUUCGCUCUUCCAGGAGAGCGUUCCACCAGUUAUGGCCUUCCACCUGGGCUCCUUGGGUUUCCUGACACCUUUUAAAUUUGAAACCUACCAGUCUCAGGUUAACCAAAUUAUCGAAGGUAAUGCUGCCAUCGUCCUACGAAGUCGCUUGAAAGUCCGGGUGCUUAAAGAGAACUGGGAGAAGAAGGCCAGAGUGGACGGAAAGGGCAUCAUCCUCACUAAUGGGGAAAUGGAAAGCAGCCGGAAAUCAGUGCAGCAUCAGGUACUGAACGAGGUGGUGGUGGACAGAGGACCCUCCUCAUAUCUCUCCAAUGUCGACCUCUUCCUGGAUGGACACCUCAUCACCACAGUGCAGGGAGACGGUGUGAUAGUAUCUACACCUACAGGAAGUACGGCGUACGCAGUGGCAGCAGGAGCUUCCAUGAUCCAUCCAAACGUCCCAGCCAUCAUGAUCACCCCCAUCUGCCCACACUCGCUCUCCUUCAGACCCAUCGUGGUGCCUGCCGGGGUGGAGCUCAAGAUAAUGCUGUCACGUGACGCCAGAAACACAGCCUGGGUGUCAUUUGAUGGAAGAAAGAGACAAGAGAUCUGCCACGGAGACAGUAUUACCAUCACCACUUCCUGCUUCCCCGUUCCUUCCAUCUGUUUCCGGGACCCGGUCAAUGAUUGGUUCGAGAGCCUGGCUCAGUGUUUGCACUGGAACGUGAGGAAGAAGCAGAACUACCUCAGCUCGGAGGACGAGGAGUUCUGAGACGCGAGGUAUCUUUAAAGGUCUUCUCCAAAGUCUCAAGGACUCCUUCGUCUUGGUUUUAGCUCAACCAUGCUCAAUGCCGUUUUGUCUUUUAUCGAUAGGUCUCACCAAACUCCAUUCAAAUAUACACGUUUUAAAAUAGUUCCAUAGUAAAAUUCCAAGUAUUGGGCCAAACGGCACUUUUGCUGCGGUCCUCCAUGUUGCAUUUUGGAGGAAUAAGAGGCAAACUAUGGAACCCCCAGCAAAGCAAUGCAGUAGUAACCUACCUAUGUUUGUAUGUUAUAGGUUUGCAGCAUUAAUAAGGAGUCUGUAGAAUACCCCAGAAGAUAUUAUGUCUAAUGUGUAGUCCCGUUAAAAUUGUGGAUUUUUGAAUGGAGUUUGGCCCCACUGAUGGUCCAGGAUUGUCCCUGUGUGUGUUUUUCCUUCUGUAUACUGGACAAACUGGCCUUUUGAAGUAAAAAUGAAGUUUGUAGAGCUAAUUAUUGACUAGUAAUCAGAAGGAAAUGCAGAGCUUGGGAUGAACUUGGACUAAAACUCUAAUGGUCAGUCGCAGAUGGCAGUUAUUGCAAUAUUCUUGAUGGUCUGUUUUUAGCACUUUUUAGUCUUUAAGACAGACUACAGGGACACAUCUACUAUUUUAUAAACAACAAACUUUCACUAGAGGUAAAGGAUCAGUUGCACUUUUCUGGAAAAUUCUAAAAAUAUCUGUUUAUCAAAUCAGGAAAAACUGAUGUAAUGUCAUGAAUGAAUGACAAAUGUUGUCUUGCGCCUGGGCCACAGCGUGACCAGCGCGUUUGCGUCGCGGGACCUCUUCCUUUUUAUUUUGGCGGCCAUGUUAAGAGUUAGAGCAUUCGAGGUCUCGCCUAUUUUGUCCGUGUGCGGUUCACAGCAAAGAUAGACGGUGAACGGGAUCUUUUGACCAUAUAUUGAAGUCAUGCCAGCAACAUUACUACAGUUUCAAAGUCUAUAUCUGCAGAAUAUGUCACAAAAAAAGUAAAUAUACAUUUUUAACUCAACACUUCCUGUUUCCGUUUCAAAAUAAAAAACCCUAGCGCCUUUUCUGUAUACAGAAUCCCUUCAUUUGUGAACACUAGGCUUUUAUUCUGAAAUAUAUGCAGGACAGUGUUGUAGAAAAUGCAGUGACUUGCACAGCUCCGUGAAUUAAUAAGAGUAACUGCUUUUAAUCGUGGAUUAUUAUUCACGAAUUAACACACGCUUCUUAAACUUUUUCUGUCUAAAAUAAACAAAAAUGACAUUUAUUAUUAAAUUAAAUGGCCAUUAUGAAAGGCAAACUUAAUGUAGAAAGAACGCCGUCUGUUUGGACACCACACGAAUGAGAGACGCAGUAGUUAAGCGAGGUAGCCAUCACACGCCACUCACGCAGGCAGCGUGGCCCGGCCGUUACACAAUCUUUAGGUCAUCCUGCGGAAGAGCAGAUUUACAGAACAUCUACUUGGCUAUAGUGGCCCAACUGUACAGACUGUGCCUUAAACACUGGUAUCAUUAAUGUAUAGAAAUAUUAUUUUUCAAGGUUUACAUCAUAGCGAUGAUGUAAUCACUCACUUUCACAAUUCGCAUUUCUUUUUUUUUCGACCUUUCAAAAGCACGGCUAUCGUCUCUGUUCUUCAGUCAUGUAGUCGACGCGUUGGACGACAUGUCAAGAGUGCGAGGAGGUGAUGAUCAUUCCAGAUAAUUAUUCUUCAGUGUCUUUUUAAAGUCUGUUUUUUAAAAUGCCGUCUAAGCCAUAGCUGAACUCGGUGUAGGUUUUAUAGACCAACGUCUGUGGGUGAUUUACUGGUUUGUGUGCUCGGUGUAUGUUGAGAAAUUGAUUUUUUUCAGACUUCGGUCAGUUUAAGUCUGCCAUGGUGCAGUCUUUAAGGUGUCCUACCUUACUUAUCUGUUCACAUAUAAUAUCUAGAUGUUAAUAUAUACAUUAUAAAUUGGCUCGACAAAUUGUGCCAGGGUGAAAAGAACACGAAUGAUGGUUGUAAAUCAAGUGGACCAACUGAGCUCUAAAAGGCAAUCAUUCCUUUAAGUAUGUGUAUAUAUGUGAUGCUUGAAUAAGAUGUAUUUUGUAAAGACUAUAUGUUUAUUAACCCGUUUACAAUGUAUCAUUGCUGAAAAUAAAUCUAUUUGGUACUUUUUUACAUUAAUAAGUUCUUUGGUUAAUUAUUUUUAUUAUUGUUCUGAUUCUCCAACUCAGUUUUUCAACAGCUUGUAUUUGGUCAGAAGUACUUGUACUUGUACAUUCAAGUAGAGCCAAAACUUAUUCAAAAUGCAUUCCAGGACAACUUGAUCCAUGUUGGAAACAAACUGACACAUGGAUUUAAGAUCAAUCCAUGUGUCAAAACAGGUAUAGUUUGUUUCCAAUGUUGGUCUGAGCUGUGAAGUCCCAGUAAACCACAGUUCUGCAAAAAAAAAGCCCUGACUUCUCUUUUCUAUGAAGCAUUGUCAGCUCUUCUCUCAAAGUGCUUUUCACUUUUGUAAACUCUGACUUUUGUAUCGGUAAGUUUGUUAAUGUUACUAAUAUGAAUCCUACUAUUUUUUUUCCCAGAGAACUUUAAUAAACGGAGAGAAAAUUUAA